GCUUGGCCCCGGUUCACACCGGCACGACUCGUGCUCUUGGAACAAUUGGCCUGUCUGCGGAGGGUUUCACACACAGCUGCAAAGAUGGUUGAGAGGUUUGUUGGGACGUGGAAGAUGGUUUCCAGUGAGAACUUUGACGACUACAUGAAAGCAAUCGGUGUGGGGUUUGCAACCAGGCAGGUGGGGAAUCGGACCAAGCCCAAUUUGAUAGUGAUGGUCGACGACCAGGGGUAUAUUUGCAUGAAGUCACAAAGUACUUUUAAAACAACUGAAAUCAAAUUCAAGCUGAACGAGCCGUUUGACGAAACCACCGCAGACGACAGGAAAACCACGACCGUCGUAACCCUGGAAAAUGGCAUACUCGUGCAGAAACAGUGUUGGGAUGGCAAAGAAACUAAUAUCGAGAGGGAGGUGACAGACGGAAAAUUGAUAGCGAAAUGCAGGAUGGGGGACGUGGUGGCCGUGAGGACAUACGUGAAGGAGGCAUAACGGACGGGACCCCCACCCUCCGUGUACGGAUGACGGAAAGGCUCAGUUCAAUGAGCGCGAAGGAAAACUAAAGUUGACGGCGUAUUAUUUGCUCUUCCUAUAUUCUUUAUCUUCACUGUGUUGCCAAAGCAAAUUUCUAUUCCUCUUCACUCCCAACACGACUCAUUCGGUUCCAACCAUUGUUGUAGUGAUUUGAAUAAAGAUGAUGAAAUGAUAAAA